CAACAGCCCAUUGUUUAUUCUAAAGCAUACAUACAUAUCAUUUUGGCAUAAAUCAACCCCCCAACAUCGAUCUCAAACGCGAAACCUACAUACCCCUAAAAUGGCCGGAGUGUACGCCCAACAGGCGUCUUGUUCUUUUUUGCACCGCCGUGAUGAAGUACAAGUUUUGACCGUGUGUCACAUGUACAAGCUUUUCGUGCGCGGUCAAGGCUACGCCGCUCAUUGGUCGACCAUUUGAUAAUACUAUUGUUUCGUUUCAAAUAGACCACGUGUUUAUCCACACUCCAACGCAUUGUUAUUGCGGCGUUCAUAAUGCAUUCAUCUGCUGCAAAAAGUUUCGGGAAUUUCUUGGAGUCAUUUUUAUGUCCAUGAAAAGAAUAUAGUCAAGCAAAAAUGUGGUCGGUUUAUUUUUCUAUGACGUCGAAUGGUGAAUUUAUAUUUCGGCAAUGUCGGAGCUUCUGAGUUCUGCAAUACCAAAUUCGUAUGCAAAUGAAGGUACCGUCUAGCAUCGAUAUAAUUAUUUUGAAAUACAACGAUUUUCCGAUGUGGCAGAUAUGUUAUGGGCUGUGUCGUGGUAAAAAAAUCCGGAAAACCCUCUUUUUCCUGUUCGUGGCGUUGGCAAUUGUCGGUGUGUUUGUCAGGCGUUUGAAUCGAUGCGGCUCGUGGAAUUCAAAAUCAAUAUAUCACACAUCGGAUCAUCUUCCUGCAGAUUUAUUAAAGCAACUAGGAGCAAGGAUUCCAUAUCUCAACCAAGAAUCGUCGCAAGAACCAUUUCAACACAGAACAACUCUAAUCACAACAAGAGCUUGCGGAGAUUAUUAUUUUCUUCUUGUUCUUGUUUCGUCUGCUCCUGCUAAUGUUGAAAGAAGAGAUUAUAUUCGGCGCACGUGGGCUGUUGAUAAGAACAAUAUUUUAAAACCGCGAUGGAAGACAGUGUUUCUGGUUGCACAAACGCAAAUACAAAAUGAUUCUCAGUUAUUACUGAAAGAGGACGAAGUCCAUGCAGAUUUAAUACGAGCUGAUUAUUAUGAUCACUACUGGAAUCAAACACUCAAGCUUUUAAUGGGCUUCGAAUGGGCAGCCAGAUAUUGUAAUUUCUCGUUUCUUUUAAAAACCGACGACGAUGUGUUUGUGAACUUUCCAAAACUCAUUUUCUACUUAAAUGAGAGCACUACUCCGACCGAGAAGGUGUACAUGGGUAAUAUGAUAAGAUCACCUUGCGCGUCCAGACACGGUAAAUGGGAGAUAUACACAGAGGAAUACAGUGAGGAGAGGUAUCCCGAUUACUGCUCGGGUUUUGGUUUCAUUUUAUCACGCGAUGUGGUGGCUAUGUUUGUGGAGGUUUUCGAUGUUGUACCAAAUUUUAGAAUAGAUGAUGUCUACAUCGGUAUACUUGCGCAUAAAACAGGGAUAAAGGCCGUGCAUAAUGACGGAUUUGUGCCUUCGUGUUUAACGAACAUCGCUAUUGCCGACACGUUGGUGAGGCACGGAACAUUGCAAUAUUGUGGAGACAAUCCAACUACAAAGAUAUAGAACGUUGGCGCUGGCACCUUAUAUAAGUACGAUUCUGAGAAGAAACAGAUCGUUCCUCGCGGUGCUUGAAAGGAAACCAGUAGACGUCUGGCUCUCCGGAUUCUUCUUUUAAAAAUACAGCUUGCGAUAAAUUGAAUAAAAGGUGUAAUAAAAUGAGGUGAAGUUCAAGAGAUGUUUA